AUGAAAUUUUACUUGAAAAGUUAUCAGACCGAGAAAAGACUUUCAACUAUUUUAUUGGCAUCUAAAGCGAUAAGUGCUUCAAAUUUCAAAAGGAUUCUGUUGAGGGAACAAAUGUCAGAUGAAAAUUCGUUGUCAUCCAAAGAGAAUCUUUUCAAGCUUAAACUUUUGAAAAAUAUUAUUGGAAAUUUCUAUCAACGACUUUCAAGGUGUGGAUUUAAAUCAGCAGCAACUUUGCAGUAUUUCGGUCAAGGUAAAGUUUAA